AUGGUCAAGGGCUUGUCCUGUUUUUUUUUCUACACUCACCCGAAUGCAUUGAUAGCCGCGACCAGCUGUUCGACUUCUGCAGAAAUCUGCUUCACUGCAAGCAAAUCGUCAUCGAAUUCGUCGUCAACACUAUCUAGUUCAUCCUCAUCAGUCUCGUUAGACGGAUACCUCUCGAUAAUUGAGUUCCGUAAUGCUUGUGUCGCUUUCUCGUCGUGUACAUUAUUACUUGAAACCGGCUCAGCAAACUCGAAACUUUCUGAUGACGUAGAGGAUGAUAGGCUUUCUUCUUUUCCAGAUGAGUAA